AAAAUAACAAAUAACAAUAGAUUCGCUUUUUCAUGUUCAAGAGAAAUACAACAAUAGCCAAAUAUAUCAAAGACUGCCACAAUGAGCGAUAUUGACGAAAUGGAUAGCGAGCGGCUGAAUGAGCUGGAAUCAAUACUAUAUGCAUCCAUACAUUACAAUGAUGCAACCAACGAACAACAACAACAGCAGCAACAGGCUCUCAACAUGGAUGUGGACAGUCAAAGCAUGCCACCGCCGCCGCAGCAGCAGCAGCAGCAAAAUGAACAACAGCAGCAGGUGCGCUUUGUCAGCGAUAAGCGGAUUAUCAACAAUGGCCCAAGCAAGCCUCGUUAUUGGGCAGAUAAAAAUGAAGCUGCAUCCGCAUCUGUUAAUGAUAUCUCUAAAGCCAAGACAAGUCCAUCGGUUGAAUCCACACGAGCAGAGGAGCCCAAAGCAGUUUCAUCCACAAAGCAAGACAUGCCGGUGUCACCUGUCGCCUCAGCUGUAAACGCUUUGCCAAAGAACAAGCGUCCAGAUGCCAAUAGUCCCAAGAGGCCAAUCUUUACGCCCCAACAGAAGCAGCCUAAUGCUCUCAAUCCGGUCCAACAGCUGUUGCAGCAACAACAGCAAAAGAUGCGUCUACCGCAGAAGGUACAAAGUCGGCCGUCGCAACAGUCGCAGAAGAAACAGCCACAACAAAUACAGCAAAAACCACCAAUAGCACAACCAACUACAAAAGCAAAUGAAUAUGAUGAACCAGAACGUUUUGAUCAGCGGCUGUUGGUGGCGAUACCAUCCAAAUGCUCCGUAGCCAAACGGGAGCCAGUGCAGCGUGGACUCGCACCUUUUGCCAAGGCCAAUCGCAAGCUAGAACAGCUCCAGCGACUGGCUGUGAAGCGACAAAAGUCCAAGCGAGUGCAGGCCAACAAGAAAAACAAGCAGGGGAAAGAGCAGCCAAUUGAGCUGAUUAGCUUAGUGGACAGCGAAAAGUCCUCGGAUGCAGAUGACGUUAUCAUUGUGCCACUGCCCCCGGUGCCCAUUAUAGAUGUGGAUGCUAGUGAUGAGGAGCCGGUGCAACCGUAUAUGGAGGAAAAUGCAAUGGAUGCCGCGGAUGUUAGCUUGGGCGGAGAUUACGCCACUACUUCGAUGACUGUGCUGCCAUCCGUGAUGCAUUCACCUUGCAGCUCGGUCUUAUCCAGCGAUGAUUUCAUUGUACAAAAGGACACCAGUCGCCUCAUUGCCGAUUGUGAACGUGCCACAGACGAAGAUCUGCUUGUUUUGACAGAGAAUGCAAUUCGGGAUGCCGCCGAGCCGAGCAGCCAGGCGGAGCAGGCGCAGAAGGAGGAUCAGGCAGCGGAUACUUCAUCCGAGUACGAAUUUGUGCCACCAUCCAGGCUCGAAGAGAUCAAGCAAAACUAUCGCGUUGACGAGCAACAGUUCCGCGCACGCGAUGUCUACGAAAGCGAAUCAGAUCUCACAGAGGGCGGCAUUUACUGCAAGGCUAAACCAAAGCUUACGCCAACGAUUAUACGUAAUGUGGACUCCGAGUCGGAAUCAUCGGAUGUUGAGGAGGUGGUGGCGGUCAAUGUGAACAAGACGAAACGUUUACGCAAGCGACGCUCGAGCACCAAUCAAAGUCAAUCCGAUCCCAACACCGAGGGUGACAAAGACGACGACGACGACACGGAUAGCGAUGAUGGUGUGCAGGCAACGGGUGUGCCUGGCAUAUCACGUGGCAUGGCCCUGGAACGAUGCAAGCGCAAGAUACGACGAAUAAGUCAAAGGCGCAACUCCGAAAGUGCUGUAACAGCGGGGCCACGCAAAUCGGUCGUCGGAGACGAUGCCAGCUCGGAGUCGGCGGAUGACGAAUCGUUGCCAACAGCACGUCAAAUUGCUGAGCGUCUGUUGAUGCAGAAGCAAGCAACAGAAAUGGAACAGAUGCAGCAAGAUGAGCAGGCCAUGGAUAGCGUUGGCUCCGAUGCCAACACUGAGGAUGAGGCUGAGAUGAAUGAAGCCGUCACGGAGCGUAUAAGCGCAGUCUUUGACCGCAUCGAUCAAAACACUAGACUCUCCAAAUACAUGCCAGAAAACAACCAACCGCUAGAGGAGGUAACAACCACAAAUCCAGAGCUGGAGGUAAUAUCAGAUGAUGAUGAACCCUAUCAGCAGUCGGCUGAACUAGAAACCGAUGCAAAUGAAACAGAAGCUGAGCCGCAGUCACAUCCAGAGUUUGCAGAGUUGCAAGUGGAGCACAACAUGUCCGCACUUCAGGAACAGCUGAGGGGCGGUGAUUUGGUCGGCUGGAAUGAUGAAAUGUGUCGCUUCUACAAUGACAGCUGGAAUGGCGAGCAUUUCAAUUUGCAAAAGAUUCAAAGGGCCAUGUCUAGUGGACGUCACGAGUGGCGCAUUAUAAAUGCAGAUCGCUUUCCGCCUGCCCGCAAACGUUCCCAUCUGAAGUGCACAAAUUGCUUUGAAAUGGGUCACGUUCGCUCCAAGUGUCCGCGUCCACGCAAGCCCGUCGUUUGCUACACAUGCGGCAUGACUGGCCAUGCCGAGCCGCGCUGUCCAAAUGCUAUUUGCUUGGGGUGUGGCGCCAAGCAGCCAAUGUAUGUACAGAAGUGCAACAAAUGCUCGUUUCAGAGCCGCAUGAUCUGUCAGCUGUGCAAGAUGCGUGGCCACAGCACCGAUAUGUGUCCAGACAAGUGGCGACGUUAUCACUCCACGACACGCUCGAAUGUGGAGCUGGAUAGCAAUGUUCAAUAUCGACAGAAGAACUGCAGCUAUUGCGCAUCGCGUGGCCAUCUGUUUGAGGAGUGUCGCCAGCGCAUGGGAGAGUUUCGUAAUUCGAACUAUCUGCAGCGCAUUGUAUCGCAUCAGAAAGUGUAUAAGGAUCGUAGCGGACCCGUCACAUAUCCGAUCGAUCUGAAUGAGUUUUUUGCUAUCGAAACGCCUUUUCAUUUCAAUUGGAGCUCAGAGUUUUCUAAGAACAGCAUCUAUGCGCGUUUCCUUAAGACAGUCGGUCUGGCACGACCAGUAUCUGUAGAUAAGCGCAAGAAAUCCGCUGCGGCAAUGCAGCUGAAAGUUUAUUCAAAUGAAUAUGUACCGAAUCCACAGGCCACAGUAGCAGCGCGUGACGCGGUAGCAACAUCUUCAUCCGUUAUAAUUGAAGAGCUGCCUCCGGAGCCAAAUACUAAUCCAAACGCAGUGGAAGCUAAAGUGCAGCAAGAGGAGAUAAGCAGCAAUUUUCAGAAUAAGCCAACAGAAACUAUUAUAAAUACAAAACCCAGCUGCAGUGUUGUCGUGAAAUCCACAGUGCCACCACACGACCUGGACUCGGAUUCGAAUUACAGUUUCUCAGAGCACUUUGAGGUUCCAAGCUCGACAACAGCAUCCGUUGAGAAUGUAAUCAGCCCGGGGCAAAAAAAGACAGGACCCAUGGAGGAUCUUCCCGAUAUUAUACCACUCAGCUCAGCUGCUGAUGAUGAUGCUGCUGCUGAUGCUGAUAAGGACACUGACAACCCGAUGAUCAUCAGCUGUAACAACCAGGGCAUCUCGAUGUGCGUGAACAGCAGCAAGGCCACAUCAACAGCAGCAGAGCCAGAGAGCAGCUUGCCCGAUGUGCCAUCCGAGGCGAAAAUUCUAAUGGCUCGCGAUCAAACCGAGUAUCUGUUUAGCCCGGAGGGACGUCAAUUCCUUUCGAGUGCAGCCAAGAAGUGUAAUGUGAAUGUGCGUAUGGAUUUCAAGGAGUACGGCUACGUCCUGGUCAUUUAUGGUUUAAAAAAGAACCAAGAGGAUCUACAGAUAAUGCUACUACAUCGCAAUCAGGAGGUGAAGCGAAAGACCACGGAAUUCCAAAGCCAAAAGCCGCCGAAACGCAUCGAUGUCCUCAUACGCUUUAUGCGCGAUGGCAUAAAUAGCCUCACUGGCGAUCUGGGCAAUGCCAAGAAUCAUUAUUUCCGCAUCAAAGAGCUGGAGCAAUUGAACACAAAAAAUGGCUACAAGCUGGCCGAACGUAAGCGUCGCCUGCUCAACAUGAUAUUGUUUGGCCAGGCGGGACUCGGCAAUGGCAACAUGCAUUUGGAUCAGCUGCUCAUCAUACUCAAGCGCCUGCUCAACGAACACUCGGCGGAUGAGAACGCCACGCCCACUAUGCGCAACGAAAUUGAGGAGCACUGGCGCUUAAUAUUCAGUCCCCAUACUCAUCCCAACUAUGAGGCACUGCUUCAAAGCUAUGGUCGGCUGGACGUAAAGAAUCGCAUGACAACGCUCAACAUUGAUCCCGCGCUGCUGGGCCUGCAGAAUGGUUGCAAGCGCAAUCGUAUUCCGUCGCCGCCGCCACCGCCUCUAGGUUGGCAACAGGAUGCCACCAAGAAUCGCUCGCCCAAGCAACGUGCAUUGAUGAAUGCCAAAUGGUCAGAUCAGCAGCAGUCGCCUUCGCCGCCCGUUUGGAAGCAUGAGGAGCGCGCUCAGGCAAUGCCACAACAACAACUACAACAACUGCAACAACAGCAACACAAUGGCAACAAUCGCACACCAAAGCAACGCACACGGACAAAUGUCAAGUUGCCGGUUCAGCAGGCAAUACGACGGCCUCUGCCACCAGUUUGGCAGCAUGAUGACCAGCAACAGCAGCAGCAGUACAAUAACAACAACAAAAAUCGUCCAUCAAAGCAACAACGCCAACAGCCAUAUGGCAGAUAUCCAGCUUCAGGCCAACAGCAGCAUCAGCAACUGCAGCAGCAUCAUCAGCAGCAGCAUCAUCAGCAGCAUCAUCAGCAGCAGCAGCAGCAACAGCAGCAACAACAAUUGCUGCCCUGCAACAAUAUGCAGCAACGUGUGCCGCACAGGUUGCAAUUGCAACGACGCAAUGGUCCCUUGCAAUCGGAGUGCAUCAAGUUGCUGGCUGACAUGGAGCACGGUGAUUCGCGCAAUAGCAUCAAUCCGGAUGCCACAACCCCAUCCGUGUUCUGGUCGCGUGAGUCACUCAGAUAUCUGGACGGUCUCUUCAAGAUGAAAACCAAUGCAGAAACCACGGAGCGAUUGCAACGUGUCCUGAAGCGUUCGCAACGCGGUCUGCUCUCGCACAAUGAUUACCGUGCGGUAAUUAAACUUCACUCGCUGAUGGAGCCCCACUAAUUAGGUUUAAUAUCUGCUGGACAUCAGUUUAUCAGUUUAAUUUAAGAAAUGAGCUUAACUAAUGAAUAGUUUGUGGGUAUGUCAGAGAUAUUACCCAAAUACCGAAUAAAAAGAAAUCUGGACUUCAGUUUAACUACAUAA